AUGCACUUCUACGCUCUCAUUCCUGCUUUCAUCACCGCCGUCUCCGCUCACGGAGUGGUCGUUUCGGUCGAAGGCGCCAACGGAGUCUCCAUGCCUGGUCUCAGCAUCGCCGAUGGAACUCCUCGUGAUUGCUCCAGCAACGGAUGUGGUUCCCAAGCUGAUACCGCAAUCAUUCGUGAUCGUGAGCUUGGAACUGACCGAGCCAGCGCCCUGGGCAGGACCCAGGGCAAUGGACCUGUCGAUGCCUCUGUCAUGAUCGCCAACUUCCUUGGUGCUAGCGGUAGCAACAAUGUUCCCACCAACAACGGCUCCGACUCCGCUGUUGGUGUUGAGGAUGAUCUUUCUGGUCUUAACCGAGGUGGUCGCAACAACAACAGGAAGCAGAGACGUCAGCUCGGUAACCUUCUCGGUGGACUGUUCGGUGGUGGCGGCCGAGGUGGAAACGGUAACAAGGCUGAUUUGCCUAAUGAGUCCAGCGUCGCUGCGACUGCUGGAGAGGGAGCAUCAUCUGGUCUUCCUACCUGCUCGGAGAAUGGCAAGUUCCAUCUUCAAGCGUCUCGAGAAACUUCGCUAACUUUCUACCAGAUCAACCAGGAUGGCGCUGGCCCUAUGACAGCCGAUAUUGAUGCCACAUCUGGUGGUACUGACCCCUCUGCUUUCCAGUCUGCGGAAGUCACCCAGGACGUUCCCGGUGUUGGUUUCGGAGGACUCUCACUCGCCACCAACACGGAUUUCCCUCUCACUGUCAAGAUGCCCCAGGGUAUGACCUGCGAGGGAUCUGUUGGAGGAGCUGACAAUGUUUGUAUUGUCCGUGUGCGAAACAGUGCUGCUGCUGGACCCUUUGGUGGCUCUGCUGCUUUCACUCAGUCUGCAUCUGCUCGCAAGCGUGCCAUUGCUUUCCGCCUCAAGAAGCGCAUGCAGAUUGUUCGCAACUAG